AUGGAAAGCCAUGCAAUCCUGAAGAACUUCGAAUUCCAGAGAAAGAUAUUUCGAAGCAUUUUACUAAAAAGGGUCAAUGCUAUUUCUAUGAUUGAAGGAAAUUCCGUCGAUUGCCUUGAUGGUUCUGAAGAUGUCACAGCCUUCGUACUUGUUCCGAAAAAUGACGACUUCAUUGCUGAUGAUUACAAAGCAGACUUUAACGAAAUAUUAAAUAAAAAUAAUCAAAAUUCGCCUCCCCGGCAAACUUGUCCACCCCCAGCCCGUCCACCACCUAAAAAGGAUAAUGGAUGUUCACCUAAACCCAAACCAAAACGCGGUGGCUGCUGAAGCAUUUUGGAAUUUAUUGGCGUUGAUAAAUUUUAGAUCACU